AUGGCCGAAUCUCUCAUCUUCAAGCGUCACAGCUAUGCCAGCGAUCAUGAGCUCCAGAGCUUGGCCACCUGGGAGUUUCCACUUCCUACGGCAGAUCCAUCCGCCUACUGGUUAAUCUUCAUCCACGGAGGCGCAUGGCGGGACCCGACCAACACAUACCAAGACUUCCUCCCGACCAUCAAUGCCCUCUUGUCAGCCCAGUCUGUGCCGCCAGCUGCCAUCCGGGGGUUUGCGAGUAUCGACUACCGCCUUUCUGCGCAUCCCAAUCACCCACAGGACCCCGCUACCCCGCCGGACAAGUUUCGCUCUGCGAAACACCCAGAUCACAUCAACGACGUCCGCCUUGCUCUCCAGUAUCUCCAGUCAAAGUACGAUAUCCGUGAUAGGUAUAUCCUUAUUGGCCACUCUGUCGGCGCCACUCUGGCUUUCCAGCUCUUGAUGGGCCAGCUCACUACAGCCUUGUCGUCCCCUCAGAUCGCCGAACCGCUCCCGGCGGCUAUCGUCGGCGUCGCGGGUAUCUACGAAUUUUACGAUUUCGUCUACCGUCAUUCAGCUCCCUACGUAACCAUGGUGGAAGGUGCCCUCGGACCUGAUCACUCCAAGUGGAACGAUGAUGCUCCUCUGAAGGCGAGCUAUGCUGGCCUCGAGUCUGGCGGACCAAAGGUUCUCCUAGCCUACUCCCCCGAAGACUCGCUGGUGGAUGGUGAUCGGGAAACUACCGCUAUGGCCGACCACCUCCGCGCCGAUGGCAUCGAUACCGAUGUCAUCUUCAUCAAGGGAGAGCAUGACUUUUCCUGGCAGGAUGGGAAACAGAUCGCUACUCUCAUUGCCGAGAUGCACCGGAAGCUCACAGAGUCGUGA